AACCAGUUGCCCCUGUGGGAAUUCUUUCUCCCUUUCGUGUCCCUCAGCCACAUGCAACUACAUCAUCAUCAUCAUCAUCGGCAGCAGUAGUAGUAGAAGAGGAGGAGGAGGAGGACGAAGAAGAUAGAUGAGGAAAAAGCGGCAGCAGGCUCUGUUUCAACUUCAUCAAGAUACUGGAACGAAAAGUCCUCCUUUGACUCCACACUGAACACAACUUAAGACGACUUUCUCUUCUCGCGGUCGGAAGUGAGGCGAUGUUGUGGAGCGGCCAUGGUCCUCGCCUCUUCGCCUUUCAGCCUCCUCCCGGCUACCCCAUUCGCAUUUCACAUUUCGCCUCCAAGUCAGCGGGAUUUCUCAACCUCUUCGACUGUGUUAUGAUCCUCGGAGACACACUUUGACCCCCAGAAGACUUCCUGGGCAAAACAAAGGGAUUAACGCUCAACUCUCACACUCUGCUUCUGAAAUGUCAAAUUCAAAGUGUUGCAUUAUGGUGGGAUGCAACUAAAGCUCACGACCAUGGAAGCGGAGCGUGCACUAAAUGCCACAGUUAACAGCAGUACAAUGGACAUCCAACUGGUCACGCACAGUCUCUGGGAGGUGGUUGCCAUAGCGACCGUGUCAGCCAUUGUCAGCCUCAUCACCAUAGUGGGGAAUAUCCUGGUGAUGCUCUCCUUUAAAGUCAACAGCCAACUAAAGACGGUGAACAAUUACUACCUGCUGAGUCUGGCGGCUGCAGACCUCAUCAUCGGCGUCUUCUCCAUGAACCUGUACACCUCCUACAUUCUGAUGGGUUACUGGGCCUUAGGGAACCUGUCCUGCGACCUGUGGUUGGCCGUGGACUACGUGGCCAGUAACGCCUCGGUCAUGAACCUGCUGGUGAUCAGUUUCGACAGGUACUUCUCCAUCAGCAGGCCUCUCACCUACAGAGCCAAACGGACUCCUAAGCGGGCUGGCAUCAUGAUAGGUUUGGCCUGGCUGGUGUCGCUCGCUUUGUGGGCACCGCCUAUCUUAUGCUGGCAAUACUUUGUAGGGAAAAGAACUGUCCCCGAGAGACAAUGCCAGAUUCAGUUUUUCUCAGAGCCCAUUAUAACAUUUGGAACAGCUAUUGCAGCGUUUUAUAUCCCCGUGUCAGUCAUGACCAUCCUCUACUGUCGGAUCUACAAAGAGACAGAAAAAAGGACCAAGGAUUUAGCAGAGCUUCAGGGAGUCAACCAGUCCACACAACCUGACGUCAGCCAGCCUCCGAUUAUCCGAUCGUGUUUUAGCUGUAAACUAAGGUCAGUGUCACAAGACCGCACUCAAGCCUCAUGGUCUUCCUCAAGCAGGAGCCAUGGUGCAAAGUCCACCGCCUCCACCAAAGAGGAGUUGUCCAAAGCUGGUCAGCUGACCACCUACAACAGCUACGCGUCCUCAGAAGAUGAAGACAGGUCUGUGUCUCCGGUGGCCUCGCAGCCCCCUGGGAACCAGGUUUGUGAGGGCGGCAAGAACACGGCGGGUAGCGAGAGCGAACAGCUGAGCAGCUUCGAUGAGGAAAGCUUCUUCCAAACACCGCCCAAAAGCAACUGUCAGAGGAGUAGCAAGUGCGUGUCGUACAAGUUCAAACCCGCGGCCAAAGACGCCCUGGCGCCACACCAGAGCAAAAACGGCGACCCUAAAACAGCGUUCUCUUCGGCGGAAUCCGUGAGCACUCCGGCCGCCUCUUUGGCUUCUAAGGAUGUCACGCUGAAGAACCACAUGACAAAGAGGAAGAGGAUGGUCCUGAUUAAAGAGAGGAAAGCAGCUCAGACCCUCAGCGCCAUAUUGCUGGCCUUUAUCCUAACAUGGACUCCAUAUAACAUCAUGGUGCUCAUUUCCACCUUCUGCUCGGACUGCAUCCCCCUGUCGCUGUGGCACCUCGGCUACUGGCUGUGCUACGUCAACAGCACUGUCAACCCCAUGUGCUACGCCCUCUGCAACAAGACUUUCCGAAAGACCUUCCGCAUGCUUCUACUCUGCCAGUGGAAGAAAAAGCGGAUUGAGGAAAAACUCCACUGGUACGGACAAAACCCAAUAGUUGGUUCCAAACUUACUUGAACUAUUUUAGACGGGUUAAAAUGGCAUCAAUGGCAGCGGUCUCCAACUACCAGGCAGCGUAGCCAUCAUUUCAGAAGUUGGGGAGA